UUGUCUGUGGUGUGAGAAAUUCAGGACGGUGGAGGAUGCCAGCAGAGUUGGUCGAAGGUGGUGAGUCAAGCGAUGUUCCAGGAGUCUUGAGGUGAGGAGAGGAGAUUUCGAAUAAACGAAUGGUAGAUGCGUAAUACUCUGUUUGUUGAGUGGCGUUGUGUGGGGUGAGGCGGAGGAGGCAGGGUCCUGGCUCAAAUAAGUAUUCCGAUAGUCAAAACGUGCCCCUUGGCGCGUACUGGUCGGGCUUCGGUGUUGUAGGGCCAAACUAGCCUUCCGGCUGAUCGUCGGGCGCAGGCAGAAGGCGCAGCAAGGUCGAGCUGACGAGCCCGAUGAUAGACGGAUGAGGCGCAGUAUCUCGCUACUCGUCAACACUACGGUGACUGGACAGUUGACAUGUAAGUUGUUGAGCUGUGUGUUCGUCUUGACGAUGCGAUCGAUGGCUUGGGGCCAAGUCCAGUUACUGUACCAGACAGGUGGUAGGUGAGGCGAGUCGCGAGUCUGAUGGUGUCGACGCUAGCGAGCGGAUAGGAGCUUGGUCGGGUCGAUGGCCAGCGUACGGUCGCUUCGCCUUUCGCCGGUGCUUAGUGGCCGCUGGGUAAGUCAUCGAAGAGUCGUGAGUGCAUCAUCUGACGACUAUCGAACGGCAAGGUCGCCAAUCGAGUCGACCCCACGCUGCCAUGCUUUGCGCAUCUGGCCGCCUUGUGUGUUGCUUUUGGACACAUGCAUCGCAGGGCUGCAAGGCAAGAGGCUGGCAAUGGUGAAUGGGCUGGAAGCUGCUAGCUGCUGCUGAUUCCAAGCAUUCAUGCGCCGCAGGGUCCUCGAA